AUGUCCGACUUGAGUGACCAAAUCAGAUCUAGUAACGCAGCUCUUUCUCUUUCUUUUGUUAAAUUACUUCGGCAACCGCAAAUCAAAUCGCAACCGCUGCCGCCAGAAUCAUCUGCACCGGGUCCUUCUUCUGUGGUGCCCGGUUCAUUCACUAGACAAAGUUUCUCACUGGCUGUCCCGGUGGACUAUAUACAGAUAAAUCAACUAUACGAGGACUUUGCCGGCGGUGAGCUGUUCAAAAUGCGGUUCAUACAGUUGAUGAUCUAUGGUCGUUUAACGCAAAAACGCAUGAAGGACGAUUCCACCUUCAUAUUCCGGCUUGACGAUGGCACCGGGCAGGUGAAUGUAAUGUUUCGCAACACAAACAAGAAAAUCAUCGAUACUCUAAACAAACUCAGCCAGUGCGAAGAGCUAAUGCUGAGGAAGGAAAAAUCUGCGAACAACUCCGAGGUUGGGUAUCCGGCAGCACUUCACGAGCCGCUGAAGACAAUAAUGGCGAUGGCUAGGGCAAAUUUUUCCAUACGGAACAGUCAGCCACCGCUUGGUAGAGAGUGCUUCGCAGUCGGGUUUCCGUAUCAAUCCAUCAACGGCGGCGUGACCAGUUUCGCUCACCCUGUGGUGGCUGAUACGGAGGAUAAGUCGAUGGAUCUUUGUUGGAAAAGCUACCUCCUGGAGAUCACGCAGGUCCGGGCAAUCGGUACUCGUGUGGCCCGCACGAUUACACACGUAGCACAGUCGUUCACGGCCGCCCGGCUUGACUGA